UGACAACAGUCUUAUAUCUGUUUAAUAUUUAACUCUCGCAGACUUCCAGGUUGCUUCAGACGACUCAACAACGAUUUCAGCUUAUCAUCAUGCCAAGACAACACCUAACACCGAACGCGUGCCUAGUAUGCCGCAAGAAAAGGACAAAGUGUGAUGGCCAGAUGCCAUGCCGCAGGUGCAGGUCUCGUGGAGAGGAAUGCGCAUACGAGGACAAGAAAUGGCGUACCAAGGACCAUCUCAGGUCCGAAAUUGAAAGACUUCGAAACGAGCAACGGCAGGGACAUGCGGUGAUUCGGGCUCUCAUCAACGACGAGCAGGACUGGGAGUCGUUCCUAUCACGGAUUCGGGGCGACGAAUCACCCGAGGCUAUUGCCGACUGGAUACGCUCGAUACGGAACCUUUUUGAGCCGCUCCAGGCGGCGUCAUCACAGAGCAUGGGAGGCUUGGGUGCACCACCAACAUUGCUGUCACCGUCUCAACCCACCGCUUCCGAGUCAUCACAACUGCACAGAGCCGCUAGCUUUGCUGGCAUUGGCAGCUACAACUUUGGUCAGGGCCGGAUCCCAUUUGACCAGUCCACUCCUCGGAGCAGCUUUUCCUCGGAUCUCUCCCCUACCACCCCCUUCUCGUUUAGGGAACAAGCAGAUUUCAUUCACGCCCCUCAGCCCAUGUAUCCGUCUUCUAGAAGGUUUUCUAGCUCAUCCCUUCCAUCCCUUCCUCUGCGACAUUCUUCGCAACCUCUUGUCCCUGGUAUCUUCAACGAGCCCUUGCCUCAUACUUGGACCAGUAUAACAUCAGACACCCAGCUCGUCCAGAGACUUCUAUCCAGAUUCUUCUCGGCUCCAUGCUCUUUACUAUGCUUCAUCCCGCAAUCUUCUUUCAUGAAGGCGUUUCGUGAGGGCGAUUCCCGCUACUGUUCCGAGGCCCUGGUGAACGCCAUUUUGGGAAAGGCUUGCAAAUCUUACGGUACGGCCUCGAAUAUUGUGUCCAGAAUGGCAUUUGGAGAUGCCUUCAUUGGCGAAGCAAAGAGGCUGCUAGCAACCGAACCGAACCACACGAACCUUCCGAGCACCCAGGCUUUGGCUGUUCUUGCCCUUGCUGAGAUCUCUGAAGGAAAAGACGAUGAAGCCUGGGACUUGGCAUGGGCAUCCGUGAGGGCAGCGAUAACUAGUGAACAAAGCUUUCACGUGGAUCAAGAAUUCGCAACAGCCAGGGCAGUGUCUUAUUGCGGCGGUUUCACGUUAAUUCACAUGCUACGCCUUCUUACCGGUCGUCUCGAUCUGAAUAACAGUCCCUUUUUCAUGAGGCUAUAUCAGGGUUCUGAAGAGACACCUGAAGAUGAGCCACAAAAUCGCAUUGAACGAGGAUUUGCGCUGCAUAUGCAGUUCCUAGCUGAACUAGAACACUGCCCGCCGCUUCCUCGGUUUGUGUUUGAAAUCACGACCGCUGUGCACACUUUUGCGUCGUACAAUUUCUCGAAUGCCGCAACUGCGGAAGAGCUUGAAGACGCUUAUGGAAAGUGUCUGGACGCCUACAAGCGUUUUGAAGAAACAUUUUGCCUUGAUAUGGAUACCACGCCGGACUUGUUGUUUGCACAGAUCUGGUAUCACUAUUGCCUGCUCGCUCUUCUACGCCCCUUCGUAAAGAGCACCGCAAGCUUGAGAGACAGUGCAAUGACAACCCCCAGGUUACGAAAUGAUGCCAACCCUUCCGAUAUCUGCCAACGAUCAUCUGAGGCUAUCAUCUUUCUCACGAGUACUUACCAAACUCGCUUCUCGUUGGGCAACCCGCCUGAGCUGCUCCCCCAUAUGCUCUUUGCGGCCGUUCUCUACCAGGUGACGCUCACGCCCGACCCCGAGCACUUGAGCACCAUUGCCAACGACAUUAAACCGGAGCUUUCCGAAUCCCCUGUGAUGAUGCCGUCUCAGGCUUCCUUUGGUGCUCAUGGGAACUCUAAUUUGGUUCCGCCGCCGCCGAUGCCGUUCAACAACCAUGGUUCUUAUUUCCCGCAACCUCUUUCUCCCGUGUUGAAGUUGGAAGUCAGACAGGCAGCACCCCGUCGCGAGUCCAGCAUCUCGUUGUCAUCCACAUUUGACAGCUGUGGCAAUCGCCGACCAAGCGACAGUUUCACAUCCAGCACACUGACCUCUCAUGAUGCUUCGGAGAGAGAGUCUUCCACAUCAGACACUCAGUCCGAUUUCCUCCCGUUCUUCACCUCGGAGCCUGCUGACCUUGUCACCAUCGGUUCACUGCAACUAGCAUCCAUGCAACAUCACGGUGCCGUCGAAGCGACUCGCUUAUUGCGUAGUUUGGGCACCGUGAAGGAUCUAGUGGGAUCAACUCUCGACCUGGAAACUUUGGCCGAGGCAUUGCCCUUUCCCAUGGGUGAUCUCAACACAGCCGUACUCUAUACGGGCCUUGGUCUGCAGAGGGCGCCUGUUGAGUUGCAGGUCACUGGGCCGUAA